AUGGCUGCUCAAGAUACCCCCCUCUAUGACUGCCUCAUCAUCGGCGGAGGCAUGGCAGGCCUCUCCGCAGCCCUCAGUCUUGUCCGUACACUGCACACCGCGGUUGUGUUCGAUCAAGGCAUCCACCGCAACGACCAGGCUCCCCAUCUAGCUACGAUUCCUACAUGGGACAGCCAGGAUCCGAAACGCUUCCGCGAACAAACCAUACUCAACAUCCAGUCCAAAUACAACACCGUCGAGUUUGCAGAUGUCAAGCUUGAAAAGGUGACAAAGCUCACCGAAGGGCCAAACGAGGGCAAGUUCUGCGUUUGGGACGACAAGCAGCGUUCCUGGCUAGGGAAGAAGGUGAUUCUGGCCAUGGGGGUGGAAGAUCAGCUUCCCAAGAUCCUUGGAUUUGACGAAUGCUGGACCAAGGGAAUUGUCCACUGCCUAGUUCACCGUGGCUACGAAGAGAGAGGAUGUGCAAAGGCCGGCGUCUUUGCCAUUGAUGGAGAUGCCAAUCUACAUGCUGCCAAACACCUUGCUUUCCAGGCCCGAAAUCUGUCCACCAACGUCACCAUCUACACAAACGGUAACGCUGAGCUCGCAGAUGAGAUUCAGUCUGCUCUAGGACCCUGCGGUUUCCAGGUCGAAGCCCGCAGUUUCUCAAAACUGGUUCAGAAUCAGCCCAAGCGAUCUCUAGACAUUCACUUUACCGACGGCACCUCAGAGACAGUUGGCAUAGUCGUCCACCGGCCGUUGACCAAAGCCCGUGGGCCAUUUGCAGGGCAGUUAGGCGUCGAAAUGACUCCCGAAGGCCAUAUCAAGACAAAUUUCCCGUUCAACGAGACCAGCGUGCCCGGGGUAUUUGUCGCCGGUGAUGCAGGUUCGCAGUUUAAAAUCGGCACCCAGGCCGUUGUCAUGGGUGCCUUUGCCGCCGGCGGUGUCCAGAUGCAAGUAAACGCUGAGAAUUGGUCGAAACCUGUGAAUCCUGCAGCCUGA